AUGAAACGUGCGGACAGCGGCUGUCAAUUGGCCCCAAUGAGCCAAAAUGAUGCCGCUGCGCCAGCCUCGCUGGUCGAGCCAAGCACACCAGUAAGCCCAAUGAUACCAAGUUCUAUGCGGACCACGCAAGUGUGCUGCGUCGCGAGACACGCAGAGCGUGCAGAUUCCGCCUUUGCUUUGUACAGGGGUGCUCCUUAUGUUCAGUCAGAGGAUUAUGCACAGUAUCCCUUCGAUCCACCUCUCAGUGAUGAUGGUGAGCGCGGAGCGCUUGAGCUAGCUCAGGAGGUGAAGGCAUGUACGGAGAGACUUGAGACAACGAUCCAUGUGGUGAUCGCAUCUCCCUUUCUGCGAUGUGCCCAGACUGCUGCAGUGAUUUGUCGAGAACUCGGGCCAUCGACCAUUCUGAUGUUUGAUGAGUCUUGCGGUGAAAUUUAUGGACAAGCCAUUUUUGGACCGACCCAGCCGGACGUGGUCCAUCGUGACUUCGCUUCCGUCGUGGAGGAUUGCAAAGCCAGAGGGGUGACCCGAAUUGCGCCAGUCUGUGUGGGGUCAAAGCUACACUGGGGCGAGACACUUCAAGAUGGCAGACAGCGAUUCAACGAAGCCUUUUUGGGCUACGUCCAUAGAGGUACUGAGAAGACUCGCAACUUUCUGGUGGUGACGCAUGCUGACUGUGUUGCAGCUGCUGCGACCUUGCUUCCUGGUGCACGGGACAUUUCCAAGGUGCACCCAGGCGCUGUUCUCAUGGCACAACGAAUCCGACCCAUUGGUCCAGGCGAUGGCUGGUCGAUAAUGAGCUCCGAGCGAAGCGACGAAAAGCGCACCGAGAAAAUCGUGCUGAAGUCCUUGUCGCGGGCCCAAGGUUGGAAAGUGGAUAGCUCCAAUAUCGAUUUUUGCACCACACAACGCUCCAAGGAGGGCGUCAUGAAACGUAUGGUGGCCAGUUUCAGGAAGUUCACGGCACGGAGCAAACUUGGUGAGGACCGUGUCAAGUACCUUCUGAAAGCUUUUUCAGGAGACCGGAGACGAGGGACCAACUUGGGAAGUCCCCCUUCGUCGCCGAUGUCCAGUUCUUCACAUGGUUCUCAUGCCAUCGAUCCAGCCUUGUGGGUCUUUGCAUGCGAGGAGGGUGACUGUUUGGCACGAAUGCCUACGUCUCGAACCUCUGGUGCUUGGUUGAAGGCUUCACCCCGGUCUUCACCCCGCGGUCGGCGAACACAUUCCCCGGUCGGCUCCAAGUCUCCGCGUACACCCAGUCCUCCGGGCCGAGCCAACAAGCUGAGCAUUCCGAAAGCUCGAGGCUUAAGAAAGACGCUGGCUCGUCCUGGCGGUGAAAGGCAUACUUGCAAUUGCCCUCUGCUGGUCUGCGCAGAGGAGGAGUGA